GAAUUUCUCGAAUUCCCGAUAAGUCAAAUUAGGGUUUCGGAGUAUCCGGAAGCCGGAUUGAGCCCAAAUUUCAUAUACGAGCUUCCUGCAGCGAGAUCAUCAACAGCAGCAGUAGAUAAGUGUUAGGUGGGAGAGGAGCUAGAGUUGAAGCCAGGAUGAGGUAUGGUCUUCAACUAUUAUGUGCUUGGACUACUACUCGGGAUUUUGGC